AUGCCCCAACAAACCCAACCCGCUCAAGCCAUACCCAACAUCAACAUCAACAUCCUCACCUCCACCCUCUCAACCUUCUUCCUCUCCCUAACGACCACCCCCGACGACAUCGCCGACAUAACCUCCGCCCUCUCAUCCCUUAGCGUAAGAGCAGAUGUCUACGACGUGAUAAGCCGAGUCGAUAAAACCUCUCCUGACUCGAUUCGGGGUGCUAUUGCGUGGUACGAGUUGAUGAUGGAUUCUCUCGACAGUGAACUCGAUCUCGACAAAGAGGAUGCGCAGCUGGAUGUGUGUCGCGAUAUUCAUGCGGCGAGAAAGUGUUUGGUGGUUUUGGGGGAGAUGGGGAGGGGUUUGGUUACGGGGGAGGGGUGGAGGGAUUAA